AUGUCGAAUGGUCCAGCGAGCUGCAUCGAUGUUGCGGCCGACCAUCGGCUUCUAGCUCUUCUCGAACAUGGCCGGCGGAAGCUCUCGUUUCCGUAUAUCAAUCCGGCUGUGUUCGCAACGCCACCGGAAGUGGUUCAGGCAGGCGACAAUCUUGGUGGUGUGGAGGUCGAGGACAUGGAAAAGCUGGAGAAAAGAAGAGUCCCUGACGCUCGCAAUGGUCGGACCAAGUCCAGUACGCCUGUUGCAGUCUCAGGUCCGACCACAGUACAAGAAGAAAGCGAUUAUCAUCAGGAUAACAGCCAGCUUGUGACAGUAGACGAUAUAGGGAUGGCCGAGUCACACUCGGCCCACGACUGCUUGUCUGGUGGUCACAAAGCGGCCGGAAUCUUUUACGCAAAGAAGUCGGUUCAACAAAAGACAGCGCAGCAAGUGGUGUCAGUUACAGUCAAUGUGCCGCCCGUACCUGACUGGUGGUACACUGAUGGCGUACCAUGUGUGGAUGUGCUUUCGGAUGACGUUGAUCGAGCUACUGUCCAGGAAGUCUUAGAGAGCCGAGUGGAACCGGAAAAGUCUAGACGAGGCAGACCUCGCGGGUCUCGCAACCGUAGAACCCUGCUCAGAGAGCGACGUCGAACUCAGAGGAGGGAAGCUCAAUCCUCGUCGUAA